CCCGGGCCCACCCCGGCCAGUAGCGCCGCUCGCCCGCCGCGGCUCCGCGCCCGCCGGGGAGGAAUGAGCGACGGAGCGGCCGCUCCGCGCCGCGGUAAGUGUGGACGUCUGUGUCGGUGUGAGAGCAUCAUGGUGGCCUUUAAAGGAGUCUGGACUCAGCCCUUCUGGAAAGCUGUUUCAGCAGAAUUUUUGGCCAUGCUCAUUUUUGUCCUCCUCAGCCUUGGCUCUACAAUCAACUGGGGUGGAGCAGAGAAGCCCCUGCCUGUAGACAUGGUCCUUAUCUCCCUCUGCUUUGGACUCAGCAUCGCAACCAUGGUGCAGUGCUUCGGGCACAUCAGCGGAGGCCACAUUAACCCUGCUGUGACGGUGGCCAUGGUCUGCACAAGGAAGAUCAGCCUUGCCAAGUCCAUCUUCUACAUCAUUGCCCAGUGCCUGGGGGCCAUCGUGGGUGCUGGCAUCCUUUACCUUGUCACACCACCCAGUGUGGUGGGAGGGCUGGGAGUCACUGCGGUGCAUGGGGAUCUCUCUGCUGGCCAUGGGCUGCUGGUGGAGCUGAUAAUUACAUUCCAGCUGGUGUUCACUAUUUUUGCCAGCUGUGAUGCCAAACGAAGUGAUGUCACCGGCUCAGUAGCUUUAGCAAUUGGAUUUUCUGUGGCAAUUGGACAUUUAUUUGCUAUCAAUUACACUGGUGCCAGCAUGAACCCUGCUCGAUCAUUUGGACCUGCUGUCAUCAUGGGGAGAUGGGAGAACCAAUGGGUGUAUUGGGUGGGACCAAUAAUAGGAGCAGUCCUUGCUGGGGCUCUCUAUGAGUACGUCUACUGCCCGGACAUCGAACUGAAGCGCCGCUUCAAAGAUGCCUUCAGCAAGGCCACUCAGCCAUCCAAAGGCAAAUACAUCGAGGUGGAUGACAACAGGAGCCACGUGGAGACAGAUGACCUGAUCCUGAAGCCUGGCAUAGUUCAUGUGAUUGAUAUUGACAGGGGUGAGGACAAGAAGGGAAGAGAUCCCUCCAGCGAGGUGUUGUCGUCCGUAUGACUAGCAAGAAGCACUGAAAGCAGAGAGCAGCCUGCUAGCACGGCCACAGAUAUCCUGCCACCCAUUAAAGAAACAGAUCUCCUCUAAACUGAGCCUCUGCCAGCUCUUGAAAGGUAUGGUUUGGGCAGCUGUGUGGUAGUGGUGCCACCAAACCAUGCUCUUGCUCAGCUGGGAGGUUAGGACUGGGCUGUAAUUAGGAUUCCCCAUCUAUUACUCCAAAGUAAGAGCUGUUCCUAGUAUUUUCCUUCCCUUCUUUCCCCCCAAAUCCAAAAGCAAAACAAAGAGGUGAAAGCAUUCUCCUUUAAUGAAUCACUCAAUAAUGAGAAUGGAGAUAGAGAUGUUUAACAUUCAGAUUGACAGUUAAGACAGACCAGGAAAUGCCUAUAGACAUGAAGACCUACUUAUCAGAUUGUUCUUCUGACACUUAAUUGGCUGUUGUCAGCUCUGAUUAGAGCAUCUCAUCCAUUAAGUGCUCUUCAUGAGGUGCAGGGACAGCACCAAGAGUAUUUAAGAGGUUUCUCCUCUGUGUGGCUGCCACUCGUGUACAUCACUGCUGCCUUGCCAACUACCUCUGACAAAAUUACCCUUUGCUAGGCUUAAAAUAAGAUCCAAAUUUGCCAUCAGCCCAACAGGUUUCACUCCUGAUUUGCAGCACAAAGAGAUUUUCCUUCAGCCCAUCCUGAGAGUGAGAAAAUGCAAGGAUGAAGCCUACUGUAAAAGCAUCUUGACUGCACUUUCCUGCUCCCUCCUGUCUUUGUCUAUCUGGUGAAACAUUCUCCUGGGGUUUGACUCUUGACCAUUUGGUGUUAGCAGGCUCUCAAGGUCAUGCAAAGAAUGGAAAGGCUUUGCUGUUACUCAGUAACUCUGAUAAGAGCUAUCAGAAGAAAAGAAGGCAUAUCUGUUUUCAGUGCACUUGUUCCAAUCCACCUUUCUCUGCUCAUUUCUCUCAACUCAAAGUUUAAAUCACUUAACCUUUCUUAAGCAGAUGCUUGGAGAGAAGGGUUUUUUUUCUCUCUCUCUCUCUCUCUUUUUCAAUUCAGUAGGUUCUGUAGAGGGUUUUUAACUUUUAACUGUAUUGAAACACUGAUUGGGAAAGAUUUUUUUUUUUUUAAUAACAGGUGAUAAAAAUAUGAUUGCUUCUGGCUUGGUUA